AUGACUACAGUCACAAAAGCAGUCAUUGAAGAUAUCCACCUCCAAAGUCGCUGUAACGCGAUGAGGAGACCAAAAAUCUUCCAUGAUAUCAUCGUCCUCGUCGACGGGUCAGAUUCUUACAACAACAAAGUCUGCGUGGAUGGAAAAGUAGACGGAGCAGAAGCUUUCACUGCUACCCAAAGGAUGAUUGAUCGAGUACUGCUGCCUGGUCUGCGAGAAAGACUUGGUGACGACAGAGCUACUUUUACGAUGGUGCAGUUCUCGGGCAUCAAACAGCUUGAACAUUGCUACGAACCUGGAAGCGGAGGAUUGACGGAAGAUGGCCUCAUGCAUUAUAAAAUUGAAAUUGAACCGUGCACUCUUGAAGCGGCUGAAAGAACUAUCUUUUACGAUGAUGGUCUAGAUGGAAACGGACAGCUUUUCUUAUGCCUUCAGGAUCUCAAUAUCAAAGGAAACUUCAUCGAAGGCAAGUUCGAGGAAGCAAUUCAAACAAAAUACCAAAGAAAACGCUCGAUGAUCAUCGUUUCCGACGAAGAAUGGGACAUUCUCACCCUACAAAGUGCUUUUGGCGGCAAAACUGGAGAAAAAUCUCAUAUAGCGAAAGUCAACCGAGAAAAUUACGAAGUCUAUCCAAUUAUCGUCCGGCCAAACGAAUAUCAUGAUCUCGAGGAUGAUUUUAUUAAAAACGAGCUUGCAUCAAAACCCGAAAACUACAAAAAAGUAUUCACUGGAAGAUUCGAUAUCGAAAUGAAGCAAGCGCUGGAAGAGAUCAUCCGCGAGUUUCGGUAG